AUGGCGGAGAUCGUAGACCUGUCGCUGCAGAAGCUGCGUCAUGACAACGAGGUGGAUGGCAUUGACAUCAAUAUUGAGAAAGUUCACACCAACAUGGUGCUCCCCAGUACCUACUCAGUGUCACUGGUGACGACCACCGUGGCUCCGACCAGCUACAGCCGUGGUGAGUGCAUGUGUCAGCAGGGCUUCUUCCUGCAUUGGACCACCAAGGAGUGCGUUCCGCAGAAGCCCUGGGGAUUCGAAUGCGGCUUCUACCCCCGGCAGCAGCAGAACCGGGUCUGUCAGGAUGGCCUCAGCUGCAAGACGCUGAAUGUCACUGACACCUACGAGUCAUCGGGCAAGUACAAAGGCUGGGCGUCCACGGCCCCCGCCACCUGCGAGUACUGCACGGCCGAGGACGACUGCAAGACCGGCAGUGCCAGGCACUUGAAGGACUGCGUGCGCACUGGGGACAUGAAGCGCAUGGAGGAGGAGGCAGCCGCCGAGGAGAAGGAGCUCGAGCCUUGGGAGGACGACGAGGUUUUCGAGGCCUGGGGUCGGAAGGGCGCCGAAGAUCCCGAGGAGGACAAGGACGGAUUGAAGCCUUUCGGCCGCCAAGAGCCCAAGAUGUGCGUCACCGUGAAGGUCACCAUUCCGGCCCUCACCGUCCACGACAAGAGCAUGCGAAUCAUUGAAGCCAAGGUCAACACGACCUUGGAGGCAUGGCCGUUCCGUUCCGUUCGACUCCUGUCAAAGUCCGAGGUACAUGGCACUUUCCAAGGCUGCUAA